AUGAAAGCCGCCGUUAUUCUUACCCUUUUUACAUUGGCCAGCGCCGCACCCGGUCGCGGCAACAAGGGAAAACAGGCUGUCUCCACCAGUGGCCGAGCAAAGAGCGAACUCGAACCACAAGACUGGGAAAACUGCAUGAAGGAGUGCAAGAUUGAAAAACACGAGAGCAUUGUUGGUCCCUCCCUUUAUACAGUCUGCAAAUCAAUUUGCCAACAAAAGCUUGGCCUGAAGAACACCGACUUUUUGAACAAGACUCAUCAGACCAAGUUUGCCCAGUACGCUGUCCCGAGGCAGUGA